UUUUUCCUACUAUUUUCUAUGAUUCUAGGGUUCUGUUUGUAUUUGAGUUUUAUAUCUGAUUUACGUAUGUUUAUCGAUGGUUUUGAACGGUUUUUUAUUCAUUGAUGACUCCAAUCUCAAUAUUUAGUGUAGAAUUUUCAUCUUUUCAUCAUAAUUUGGAUGUAGUGACUACUGUAUGGAUGUAGUGAAUAUUGUAUUGUCGAACAUCAAAUCUAGAUUAGAUAAUCUUAAUUUGAUCUAUCUGAUAUGUCAAAUUGAUGUGUUAGUUGUGAUGAAUAUCGACCACUAGGAGUCACAAAGUUGAAGAUUACUUACACGAUUGAAGGCCAUGAAUCCCAAGUCCAAAUCAACAUUCUUUGAAAUCGAUGAGUUGAGAUUCAAGAGGGGGUUUUGAAAUUUGUGUUGAUUUUGAUUUGGGAAUUGUUUUGGUUUAUGGCCUGGCACUUUGUUAUUCGAGAGUUUGAUCUUCCAAGGAUAAUUCUGAAAUACGAAAACUGUUUGUCGGCAUGUAUUAGUUUACUUCAUGGAUUGAGUCUAAUGUUUCAAAAUUUGGGUUGUAUUGCAAGUGACUGUUGGAGGCAUAGAUAUGCCAUGGAAGUGUUCAACUAAAUGUCGAUUAGAACAUAUAGUGAAAAUGCGAAUCAUUUUGAAACAAGUUAUGAUUUUGUUGUUUGAAAAUACCUCGCUUAGGUGUGUUUAAAUUCUAAACAGAACAGACUGGACAAGCGUGGAAAAGCAAGUUAACAACAAAGAAUCACAAUUUAGUGUCUAGGAUUUUUGGUUUGUUUUCGUUAAUAUUAUCUUCUUUUUAAUCUGUAUCAAUGAUUUUAAUUCUUACUUCUUUGGCUUACAUAACAUUUCUAUCUAUAUGUUGUGGGUUUUUACUGUCACACUCGGAUUGACUGCUAUUGAGGGUUAAUUCAGUCGAUAUUUGAGGACACAGAGUCUUGCUACCAUUUAGUGAAGAAGUUAUUCAGAAUAUAUGCGAUAUAUGUCAUUGAUAAACUCAUGAGCAAAAGUUGAACCAGUGCGAAACUUCAAUAUAUGUUUUUAGCUGUGAGAUCAGCGCAAAUUGAAAGUAGAGCAAUACGAAGAGUUCAAACUGGAAUUUUAUAGGAGUUAGGCAAUGUACUUAUGCUUCAUGGCAGAGAUUGCAAGUGUCUAGGUUAACGAGUUUUGAUGGGGGCGGAUUUAAUACAGGGAUAAUUGAAUUUCUUAAACAUUGGUACCAUUCGACAUGGAAGAGCCACAGGCGUGCAACACACGUGCUCCCUACUUGUCCAUGGUGAUGAAAUGGGUUGUAGUUGCAGACGACAUUCCAACUGAUCCUUGAGCUCGAGCUAAAGUCAUUAAAAGAUCAAAUGAAAUUAUUAUACGAAACCAGAUAAAAUUUUGAAUUCAGCUGCGAAUUAUAAAAGUACCUUCCUGGAUUUUGAAUUUGGUAGCCCUUGAAAUAACCUAUCUGCAAUUUCUAUCAUCUGUUUGUUUCUACUUUGAUGUAUUGAAAUAUGGAUCCAAGAAACAAUCUCCCUUCAUUAUCAGAGAUUUCUCCAUCUUUACUUUCCUUUCUCAGUGACAAUUUUCAAAAUAGAGGUGAUUUAUUAAAAGCUCCAGAUCUUGUCUCCGAAUUGCAAAAGCAAUGUUCUGAUUUGGAUCAUAACUUGAACGAUCUAAAUCAUAAACUCGAGAAAAGUAUUGUUUCAUUCGCAUCACAUUCGGAACAAUUAGGGAGUCUUUUCAAUGUAAUCAAUCUCAAGUUAAACCAUCUUCAGUCUUUAGAGUUCCUUUCUGGAUCUUCUACAGGAGGAGAAGAAGAUUCUGGGAGGGUGAAGCACAUAUUAGGGGAGGAGUUGCCAGCGCUGGCGAAAGAAGUGGCAAGAGUAGAAACUGUUCGCUCUUACGCAGAGACAGCAUUGAAACUUGACACUCUAGUUGGGGACAUUGAAGAUGCAGUCUCCUCUACCAUGACAAGAAACCUAAGGAAGUCGCCCCCUGGGACCAGUUCAGAAGAAACACGAUUGCUUGCCAUUAAAUCUCUCAAACUCACAGAGGACAUACUGAUUACUGCUGCAAAAUCACGGCCUCAGUGGAGACGUCUUGUCCACGCAGUUGAUCACAGAGUGGAUCGAGCUUUAGCUGUUUUAAGGCCCCAGGCAAUAGCAGAUCAUCGAUCCCUUCUUACUUCUCUUGGAUGGCCACCAACUCUUUCCAACUCCAAAAGUGUGAACAUAGGGAAAUCAAGUGCGGUUCUGAACCCUCUUUUCACGAUGCAUGGUGACUUGAAAAACCAGUACUGUGAAAAUUUUCUUGCUUUGUGCGGUCUACAGGAGUUACAGAGCCGAAGAAAGUCUCGGCAACUUGAGGGGCACUACCAUGAAAUUGCUAUGCGCCAUCCACUUUGGGCAAUUGAAGAACUGGUAAAUCCAAUUUCAUUGGCAUCAGAACACCAUUUCAAGAAGUGGGUUGAAAAGCCAGAAUUUAUUUUUGCUCUCGUUUAUAAGAUUACAAGGGAUUUUGUUGAUUCCAUGGAUGAGCUGUUGCAACCAUUGGUUGAUGAGGCAAGACUUGUUGGCUACAGUUGUAGAGAAGAAUGGAUUUCUGCAAUGGUAACCUCCCUCCUGAUGUACUUGGCGAAAGAUGUCUUCCCUGUCUAUAUUGGUCAGUUGGAUGCAGAUAACGUCAAUGGGGUUCCAUCACAGGCUAAAUUUUCGAUCAUGCAUCUUGUAGAUUUGAUGAUUUCUUUUGACAAACGAGUUCAAACCCUUGUAGCAGAUUCUGGAGUUUUGAAUUCAAUCAGGGAUGAAGAGAGUUAUCGGAGGAUCUCUACCAUGUCCAUCUUUUGUGAUCGGCCAGACUGGCUUGAGUUAUGGGCAGAAAUAGAGCUUGGUGAUACACUGCGUAAGGUGAGACUUGAUAUGGGGGACGAACGAAAUUGGAAAAAUAAAGUCCAAGGAGCUUUGCUUGUGUCAGGGUCUGAGAGUUACAAAUCUCCUGCAAUUGCUGCUGCUACCCUUCGCCAUUUAUCAGCCAUGAUUGAUCGUUGCAGGCCAUUGCCAAGUAUUUCUCUGAGAGCAAGAUUUAUAAGAUUGGCAUGUGCACCCCUUUUGAGGGAAUUUCUUGAUUGCUUACUUCAAAAGUGCCAAGAAGCGGAGGGGUUAACUGCCCUAGCGGGUGAUGAUGGCCUAAUCAAGGUCGCAAAUUCUGUUAAUGCAGCUCGUUACUGCGAGUCUGUUAUGAAGGACUGGUGUGACGAUUUGUUCUUUCUUGAAAUGACAUUAGAUCAGGGUGAUGAAGCGAUAAUAGGAGUUGAUGAGGACACUUCAGGCUUAGGUGGUGGUAUUUUUAAUGAAGAAAUCGGAAAGUUUGAAGAAUUUCGGAAAGACUGGACUGAAAAGAUAUCAACUGUUGUUUUGAGGGGAUUUGAUGCUAGGUGUAGAGAGUAUAUGAAGAAUAAGAAGCAGUGGCAGGAAAAGGAGGAAGGAUGGAAUGUCUCCAAAUUAUUUGUCGGGGCUCUUGAUUAUCUGCAAGGAAAGAUAUCAAAGCUAGAAGAGGGUUUAAAUGAGAUUGAUUUUGUUGUUGCAUGGAGAAGUUUGGCCACUGGAGUUGAUCAUCUGGUUUUCAAUGGUGUGUUGAUGAGUAAGGCGAAGUUCUAUAAUGGUGGGGUGGAAAGAUUUGGGGGCGACUUAGACGUCCUGUUUGGGGUUUUUAGGGCGUGGUGUUUGAGACCUGAAGGGUUUUUCCCGAAGGUGAGCGAGGGAUUGAAGCUGUUGAAAAUGAAGGAGGACCAGCUGAAAGUAGGUACUGAAGGAAUUGAAAGAUGGCUGAAAGAGAAACAGAUAAGACAUUUGGGUGUUCCGGAGGCAGAGAGGAUUGUUAAGAACCGAAUUUUUAAGAGUUAGAAAUCACUGAAGACAUUAGGUUCAGUCGGAAAAGGGUGUAUUUUGUUAAAAAGAUGGCACAAUUAUGUAACAAUGGUGUUAUUAUUGAAACAAAAAUGGCUAACAUUGUAAAAGUGAAUGCGCAACAAAUUAUUGAUUAUUUUAUUUUAGCGGAGAAAUGACGAUAGAUUCUUUUUU